GAGAGUGAGCGAGAGAGAGAGAGAGAAGUGAGAGAGAUGAUGAUGAUGGCGGAGGAAGACCAACGCUGAACGCGGCUUUAUGUCAUUGCGUUCACACGCCAGAAUACAAAUAUUAAUCUAUACACAGAUAUAGUCAAUUGAUCCAGACAUGGGUAACGAGGCGAGUAUGGAGGGCGGUGAAGGAGGGCCCGUGGUUUCAGCACCGCCGGGCUCUGGACAGCUCCUGAAGCCCGUCAAUGGCGCAGCGGCCGGGGCGGGAAAAGCCCUCGAGCCCACCGCAGCCAUGAACAGGUUGGCUGGAGGGGGAGGGCCUCCAUCAAGCCCUAUGCACGGAAGCGGAAACCCAUACACGAAGGUCGUCCAUGAUGGUCCCAGACAGUUCCAGACUUCUUUGAUACAUCAGUCUCAAAUUCAAGCUUCAUCAGGGAGUGUGGGAACCAAUCAAAGCCCCGGACAACAUGCCUCCAGACGCAACCUUCAGGUUGACUUCAGCAGUAGUGCUGGACGAAUGGGCCGCUCGCCAACUGUGUCUCCUGAUCGAGCUAGUGCGCCAACUUCACCCUACUCAGUACCUCAGAUAGCACCUAUGCCCAGCAGUAAACUGUGUCCAGUCUGCAACACUGCAGAGCUUGCGAGUGUCCACGGCUCUCCAAACUUCAACAAGUGUACUCAGUGUCACACUACAGUGUGCAAUCAGUGCGGGUUCAACCCCAACCCACACCUCACUGGAGUCAAGGAGUGGCUCUGUCUAAACUGCCAGAUGCAGAGAGCUUUGGGAAUUGACAUGACUACACCACGAUCCAAAAGUCAACAGCAGAUACAUUCCCCCUCUCAUCAACUGAAGCCUGACCCCAUACCCAAGACCCAUCUGUCAGCUCAACCUGCACCACAGCUACAAUCCCAAACGCAGACACAGCUGAAAAUUCAGCCCCAGACUCAGACUCAGGCCUCCUCUGGGAUCCAGAGACAGAUUGGUCCCACUGGACCUCACCAGACUGGACUUCAUAGUCAUCAGGCACAGAAAGAAGCGGUACAAGCGGGUCUCCAGUCAGGGCCCAAGGAUCCCCAGAGGCAGCGCGGGGAGGCAUUUGGACCAAAAAAUCCAGAAAGUGGGGUCCAAAUGGGAAAACCUCCUCAUCCAGGAGCAGUGCCUUUACCUGGCUUAGUUAAGGCUCAGUCACAGUCAGACCUGGGGUGGGGAUCCCCUUUGCGCUACGGAGGUCAACCUGAAAGGACCCGAAGUGCCGGAAGCUCUCCAGCCCGCCAGCCACCGUCCCAAGAAGCUCCUCCUCAGGAUGGCCUAACUAAGCUCUUUGGUUUUGGGGCAUCUCUCCUAAACCAGGCAAGCACGCUGAUUUCUGUUGAUCCUCUCUCUGGACCCUCGCAACAGCCCUCACCUGUCCGCAACCAGAGCACUCAGGGCUCCAGGGUGAUCUUUAGCGAUGCUAAUGCUGGAGCCAGAGCGGGGCCCCCUGGCACUACCAAAACAGGCCCAGGAGGUGUUGUGCUACCUAAAGGUCCUGAGUCCGCUCUGCAGCAACAGUCACCAGUGCACCAUCAAAAAGGGCCAAAACAACAGCAGUCACCAACACACCCUCAAACGGCAGCAUCACAACAGCAGCCGUCACCUCUGAUGCAGCCCCAGCCAGAUAGACAGAAGCCAGACAUCACCUGUCCUCUGUGCAAAACUGCAUUUAAUGUCGGGACAACAGAACUGCCCAACUACAGGUCUUGCACCCAGUGUCAUACACAGGUGUGCAAUCUUUGUGGUUUUAACCCCACGCCUCAUCUGCUGGAGAAGAAAGAAUGGCUCUGCCUGAACUGUCAGACUCAGAGACUGAUGUCUGGUGGGCUUGACCCUCUUCCCGUUCCGCAUUCAUCUCCCAACCGCCAACCAGUGGGCUCACCCACACACCAGCAACUCUCCAGUCAGCAACAGCAAGGGCCUAAAGCAAUGACGCCACAGCAGAAACCUCCAGUUUCUCAACAGAGUGGUCCCACAGCCCCCAUGGCUAAACCAGGAACGGAUAUAAAAACUUCACAGCUUACUCCAGCUACAGCAACUCAUACUUCCAUCACGACUAUAUUUAUUGGUGAAGAUCAGAGGAAGGAAACUGCACCCAAACUGGAGAAAGAGUCUGACUUUCACAGUAAACCAAGUGAGAGGAAAAAAAUGACAGAGCCAAUUCACACUCCUGUUAAAGAUGACAAAAAAGAGUUACAAAGAUCCAAAUACUAUGAGGAAACCAGCAAGACAAACAGCACCAAUGAUUUAUCACGGAGCCCGCAGAGUUUGAGUGAUACGGGUUAUUCCUCUGAUGGAAUCUCCAGUUCACAAAGUGAGAUCACUGGUGUUAUCCAAGAGGAGGAGCUGAAGCUGAAUGAAAGAGGUGUCACUGGGCACCAUACUCCACCAAGCCCAUCUGAGUUCCUUAAGCUGGAGAGCUCAAUGCGACCCCUUCUAGAGUCCAAAUUGUCAUCUGAAGGUGAAAGGACAAAGGACAACAAGCGAGAAAAGGAUCAUAUCAGAAAGCAUCGCUCUCGCUCAAUAUCAAUUAGUCCAGAGGAAUACGACUCUGAUGAGGACCUUGAAGGCAUUAUGGAGGAGGAAGAAGAGCCAACUGACUGGGAAACCAAGCGAGAACUUAGAUCAAUUUCUGCUUUAGGGGGUAACAGUGGCCACAAGAAAAGAAGCUUAGAAUCAGAAGAGAUGACUGAUGAGGAAUUCAUGAGGAGGCAAAUAAUGGAGAUGAGUGCAGAUGAAGAGAAUGAGGAUGAGCUCGAAGAAGAGGAAGACAACGAUGAUGAAGGCUAUAGCUACAAAAAGCCAAAAAAGACACAAAAGCACAUCAGUGACUCAGGAAAAGAGAAGCACCGUCUCACGUAUAACUCUAGUAGCUUCGAAGAGGACAGCAAAACUACAAGUGAUGUAUACAAAGGAUCUGCUGAAGAGGACCACAUGGCCUCUCAAGGAGGCUUACGCAGAUUCAAAACCAUAGAACUCAACAACUCCAACAGCUAUAGUCGAGACAUAGAAUUAAACAAUGACAAUGACCUAAGUCUGGACAGAGAGCCUGAGCUAGAAAUGGAAAGCCUCACUGGCUCUCCAGAAGAGCGUUCUAGAGGGGAAUAUUCCUCCACCCUUCCACCAACCACCUCUAGCUACAGCUCAGGGAUAUCCCCUACUUCCAUAUCCUCAAUGGAAGAUGACAGCGACAGUAGUCCAAGUCGCAGACAGCGGCUGGAGGAGGCAAAGCAGCAGAGGAAGGCCAGGCAUCGCUCCCAUGGACCACUCCUGCCCACCAUUGAGGAUUCUUCCGAGGAAGAUGAACUGAGGGAGGAAGAAGAACUCCUGAGAGAGCAGGAAAAGAUGAGAGAAGUCGAGCAGCAUAGAAUAAGAAGCACCGCGCGCAAAACAAAGCGUGACAAAGAGGAGCUCAGAGCACAAAGGCGCAGAGAGCGUUCCAAAACACCACCCAGCAAUCUCUCCCCCAUUGAGGACGCUUCUCCGACAGAGGAGCUGAGACAGGCAGCUGAGAUGGAAGAACUUCACCGGUCCUCCUGCUCAGAAUACUCUCCUUCAGCUGAUUCAGAUGGUGAGGGCUAUGAAAUGCCAUCGAAGCUAUAUAAAUCUGGCAGCGAGUACAACCUACCAACAUUUAUGUCACUUUACUCACCUACUGAAAAACCACAGACCACUUCUUCAUCAGCCACUAUAACCACUACUUCUAGUGGCAAACAAUUAAAAAGCGCAGAAGAAGUAUACGAAGAAAUGAUGAGGAAAGCUGAGAUGUUGCAGAAACAGCAGAAGCAGCAACAGCAGCAGUCGUGCUCAGGCCAGCAGUACAGCACAAGCUCCUAUCAAGAGUCUGACAUUAGAAACAGACAGGAAUAUGAGGACGAAUAUGAUUAUGCUGAUCAGGACGAUAUCGCUUAUGAGAACGAGGAUGCAGUGGACAUCUAUGAAGAGAUACGCCAAACUUCACAGAACAUUUCAAAGCAGCUUGAUGACCAUAGAAUAGAAAUGGAUGACUCCUACUCAGAAAAGCAAUUGCUGGAUACAGGCUCAGCCUUUGCCAAGUUGCUGGAACAAAGCAAUGCUUUAUUGACUCCUGGCACAAGCCCCACCCAGCUCUCAGCACCAGUAUCAUUUUCUGAAACAGGGACUGGCGGACGCAUACCUGAUGUCAGAGUAACUCAACAUUUCUCUAAAGAUAUGAACAAAGACAGACUUCGAAAUCAAGCCGGUAAAAAUGGCAUUACACCAAGAGUUGCUGCCACCACUAUUGCUGCUUAUGGAGUGUAUGCCAGGGAUGCAGUCACCGUCUCUCACACUAGUGCCAGUCAAACAGUGUCCACGACCCAACCUAAUUUAUACGGUCGCCAAACAGGAAACACUACCAUGACAACCAGUAGCGUUUCAAAUGUGUCUCACAAAAUAGCUGCAAUCACUCAGGCUUACAAUCAAAACGCUGUAAGAAAAGUUGCAAUCAGCAAAGGAGUACAAAUGAGAGACAGUUCAACAUCCUCAGAAUCAGGCACAGCUUCCAUUAGAGGUUAUAUGUAUCAUGAAAGGAGUCCGCCUCUUUCUCCCACUUCCUCUCCUAUACAAAGUCCAUCACAAUCCCCCUCUAAGAGAACAUCUGAGUUUUCAACUCAAACUGUUAGUCCUUCAAUGUUAGCUUCCGCUGGAAAUGCUUAUCAUACCUCUCCAGUUAUGACACAAAGCACUCAGACUUCUCAAAGAAAUGCCUUACCGUGCCUCUUUCAGAAAUCCUCUCAAAAUAGCACUUUUGUCAUGAAAACAGAAGAGUUUGAGCCGACUAGCUCACAAAAGCCUGUUAGAGUUAACACAGCUACAUCUCCUUUGUCGUCACCGACCAAGUUUAGCCGCCAAUCAACAUUUGAUGACUACUCACCUCCAGACAGCCCUCCUGAUGUUGCACCACACCAACAAUCACCUCAUCAGAGUUUCUAUAGGAGCUAUGAGCCUGCUAAAGUUAAUGUUGGAACAAGCAUGGUGACCACUGCUAGCAUGUACACACAUGGUUCGCUGUCCAUGGACAACAUAUCGCUUUGUCACAUUUCCACAGUUCCAGGUACCUCAAGAAUCGAGCACGGACAGAGGUUUCAUAGUGGGAGCGUUGUAGAUCUAAGAACUGCCAUGAAGCCGACGCCAUUCAUCUUGACCAACCAAGGAAUGGAUUUGACUUCAUUGGCCACAGAAUCGCAAAAGUAUUCUGGCAGUAUUGAAGGAAGCCCAAUCCGUCAAUCCACAACAAUUCAGCCCUUAAUAAUGAAUCUAAACACACAGGAGCAGCUGCAUGUUGUGACCUCAACAGCAACAACCGUUAGUGUCACAGUGGCUGCUUCUAUGUUCAUGUCCCAGCCUAAGCAGCCUGUGCUGUACUGUGAUCCUCUCGAAAACCGAGUUGAUCUGGGGAAAGGUAUGGGACCCGUAGUUUGCCUUGCUCUAAAUAAAUCACCCCCGACCGAUCCAUCUAUACCGAAGAUUGAUGCAAGGCUGGAAGAGCUGAGUGUCCAGCAAGAGCAGUUACUCAAACAACAGCAGAAGCUUCAACAGCAACAACAAAUUCUUGAAGAGCAGCUUCAGCAGCACCAUUCUCUUCAACAACAACAAGCUGUCUCAUUUGCAAAGCUGGACUCAUCCAACCGACUACCUGUGCUCAAAAAGGACAUGGUUGUUACUCAGACAAGCACUGCCACAGAGGUUAAUGUCAUCUCUCCGGCUAUGACAUCUGAUGUUUAUAGCCAUGUUUAUCAGCAAGAGACAGGUAUCGUGAAUUUAACAAAUGUCAAGCCUCAUACCAUGAUGGUUCAGAUGGGUGGUACUGCACAAGGAUCUACUGUUACACAGCUCAUCAAAUCAGAGGACAACCAAGAUGUGAUGGAUCUGUCAGGACAAAUAAAAUCAGAAAAUCAAGCCACUUGUUGUGACAUUGUUUAUAACCUGCCUUUUGGUGGCAGCUGUGUGGGUGUUCCAUUCUCUCAAAAACCAGUCAUAGAUGAGACUACUGAGCAUACCUCAAUGACACAACCACAGCUGUAUCAGCAACCUGAUUUGUAUCAAGAUAGACAGACAUACCAAAACUGUGCGAUCAAAUCAUAUACACUGCCAUUCCCCAGACGCCUUCAGCCAUCAAUGUCUGAAACGAACCUCACAGAGGCAGGUUUGUUAUCAUAUUCAGCAAAGCUUGAUCCCCAUUAUCAGUCCUCUGGAGAAUUAUUUACAGACACAGUGAAGGAUGGAUAUGAAGGUGGAUACAGUGGGAUGGGGCUUCAGUAUGGCUCCUACACAGAUCUUCGUCAGGGUGAUGUUGCAGCUCUACCAAUUAGAAGGUACAGCUCCCUGACAAACAUCAGCUCAGAUUCUGGAUAUUUCCCAGGGGACUGGGCAGAGCCUAAUCUUGCCCAGUACAGCGCUACAACUGCCAGGGAGAUAAGUCGCAUGUGCGCCGCCCUUAACUCUAUGGAUAGAUAUAGCAGCAACCCAGACAUUCUACAACUGGCUACUGGGAGAUAUAGUGGUCCACAUUUUAAAGUUAAUUUGCUGCAAGGUCCCAGGCAUAGUUUAAAGUACGGUUCAGAUGGAAAGCCACUGUCCCACAGUCAAACUCUAACUGACCUAAUCAAUGCAAGACAAGCUAGUCUUCGAGCUAUGUAUCCAUCGGCUAUCAGAUCUGUUGAUGGUAUGAUCUAUUCAACUAUAAACACACCCAUUGCAUCCACGGUCCCAAUUACUACACAGCCCGCUUCUGUGCUACAGCCUUUAAUAAGAGGGGUAUACAGACCAUACGCUGCACCAAAUAUGACCCCAGUACCUCUGGCGAGCCUAACUAGAUUGCCAGUAGCUCCAAGGACAGGGCAACAACCUUUCCAAUACCCUACACCUAAUCUUGUUUCUGUUACAACUGCAAAAGUGACUGAGUCCAUGGCUAUAACAACAGCCCAAGACACACCAUUGUUCCUUGGCAGGUCUUCAGUAAGCUUAUCAGUAGCCGAGAGAGCGACACCAACACAGCCCUCCUCUGUGCCUGCUCGUUCUACCACAUCAGCACCUAUUUUGACGCAAAUGGUUGUGACAGUGAGCCAAACUGACAUCCCAAUAAAUCUAUCUCUGUCCAGGACCGCUGCCCAGUCUCAAAUACAAUACCAGCAACCCCAAGCGACACCAUCCGCUCAUUCCUAUCUCCCAGUACACGGUCAGCCCAAAACUGACCAACCAUCCCUGUCAAGUCAAAGAGGUCAGUCUAACACCGCUGUUCCUGGAAGUUUUAUCCCAAAUCAAGAAAAUGAAUCAGAGGAAAGACUGCAUCAACAGCAGGAACAGCUUUUGCAGCUAGAGAGAGAGAGGGUGGAGAUGGAAAAGAUGAGGCAGCUACGGCUUCAGGAUGAGCUUGAGUGGGAGCGUGCAGAGUUGCAGAGAGAUAGAGAAAAAGAGCAGAUAUUAGUUAAACGGGAAAUCCAAGAAUUACAGACUAUAAAGCAACAGGUUUUGAAGCAGCAGCAAGCUGAAAAGGAAGGUCAAUUAAUCUUGCAGAGAGAGCAGCUAGCUCAACAAAAAAAGCAGCUUGACCAGAUACAGUCUUUGCAACAACAGCUACAGCAGCAACUCGAGGAACAAAAGAGACAGAAGUCUGCAGCAAAUACCCCGCACCUUAGUGGCAAAGAUGGCAAAAUGAAUCAGCCACAGGAAUUAGUCCCGGAUGUGCUAUAUAAUGACGUUAAGGUUUUCCUAAGAUCUGCAUCAGAAAUGUGCUUAAGGAAUAGUGAGGAGCAGACAGGAAAUCGGUCUAUGCGAAAACAAAGAUCCAUGCCUCGUCUACAGGAUGGAAAUGAGGGAGAAGUGACAAUGUUUCCCUUGCCCCAACGACUUGUGAACACUAGCGUGCAAACAGAUGAUGAAGAUGGAGAGGAGAGGUACCUGGUGUCAAGAAGGCGACGAACUAGGCGCAGUGUGGACUGCAGUGUUCAGACAGAUGAUGACGAUGACAGGGCAGAGUGGGAGCAGCCAGUUAGGCGCAGACGCUCUCGUUAUUCUAGACAUGUGGGUGAAUCUGGUGUAGACCAUAAAUCUGAAAUGCCUCCAUUCUCUACUCCAGCUGCUAGGGCUACAUCAUCCAGCAUUGCCGUCCAGACUAUCCGAGACUGCUCUUGCCAAACAGAGACAGAUCACCUGGCUCGAGUAUCCCCAAGCAUACAUGUCACUGUGCCAGACCCCAACAAGGUUGAAAUUGUCCACUACAUUUCUGGUCCUGAGAGGACACAGAAGGGCCAAAGCUUAGCUUGUCAAACUGACCCUGAGACCCAGCCCCAAAGCAUUGUUGCUCCACAGAUAAGCGUUGCUACCACUGUCUGCCCCACCAGUGUCCAGUUACUUGGUUCUGCAGAUCAACUCUCUCCCAGUCAUCAGAGUGUUAUGAUGUUAGCGAGACGGAGACCUGAUCCUUUGGAGUUUGGCUACCAACAGCACCUGCAUAAUGAGUCCUUGUCCAGCUUGAUCCGGCAACAACCCAAAUCACCACAGGUGCUGUAUUCCCCUGUUUCUCCACUUUCCUCUCCACAACACACAAUAGAAACAUCAUUCUCUUCUAGUGAGAGGCUGAAUAAAGCCCAUGUCACCCCGCAGAAGAAGUCGAGUAUCGGCGAGCCGCUACAGAGACAUCAGGCCCUUCCCAGGCCAAUGAAGAAUAUCCAGAGGUCCAUGUCAGACCCCAAGCCCCUGAGUCCUACCACAGAUGAAAACACCAAGGCUAGGAUUUCCUUUUAUCAACAGCAAGCUCUUCAGAGUCAGUUGGCAGCUCUGCAGCAGAGCUCCCUACUAAGGAAAGUGAAGAGGACUUUGCCCAGCCCUCCACCAGAGGAGACACUGACUAUGGUUGCCCCUAACCUGUCCCAAAUGUUUGUGCCCUCUUUGUCCUCCUUCAAGGGUGGUUCCCGCUUAGCUGCAAAGACCAGUCUGUUGAAGGACCUAACCCAUGAGCUGAAGGCUGUAGAGCAAGAAUCCUCAAAACUACGCAAGCAACAGGCCGAGUUAGAAGAGGAGGAAAAAGAAAUCGAUGCCAAGCUUAGAUACUUGGAGCUAGGUAUUACACAGAGAAAAGACACGUUGGUGAAGGAGAGAGAAAGGAGGGAGGUAACAUAUCUCCGCUGCAUGGGUGACUCACGAGACUAUAUGUCAGACUCUGAACUCAACAACCUUCGUCUGACAUCUGCAGCCACGUCAUUUGAGGGCAAUGGGCUACUGACCAGACCCAGCACAGCACCACUGAGCCAGUUUACUUGUGAGCUAAACACUGCUGCCCAGUUUCCCCCCACAUCGUCCUUCAUGUCAUACCAGUAUCCACAAAGCCUGAUAACAGCACCGACCCCACAGGCCUCUACAUUGCCGAGCACAGGUUUCAAUCAACCACCCUAUCCAUCAAUUACCCAGGCCCAAGCUCUCCCACAGCCCACCCCCUUGCAGACGUAUCCAACCCUGUCAUAUCAGGUCCCAGGGACCUUUCCUUCCCAGGGCUUUCCACUGAGCCAACCUCCAUAUCCGACAGACACCUCAGUCCCACCUCCAACACAGCCAAGCCAUCCAGGGUUCCAGCAUACCUUACCACCUACUGGUGGAACUACUUAUCCGACCCACAGUGCACCGUACCCGAGCCAAGCUCCUCCAUACCCGGUCGGUCAAACAAGCACUUUCCAGCCACAGGCGGACACUCUCACUUUUCAACAAAAGCCACGUCAGACAUCACUUGCUGACCUUGAACACAACAUGCACACUAAUUAUGAGGUACUGAGCAACCCUACAGUAACAAUUACCGCCCAGGACACAAGUUACAGCCAGUCUGGUUUGGGUCCAUCCUAUGGCCAAUACAGCCCAGCUGUGGCAAGCACUUACGGUCCCUACUCAUCAUCUGUUUCAAAUACUUACGGUGGGUCAUUAGCAACCUCAACAUCCUCCGUUUAUGCACCAUACACAACAACUUCAUCUAGUGGUUAUGGGCAGUACACAACAACUACUGCAAAUACAUAUGGAUACACAGUAACCACAGCCAGUUCCUACGGGCAGUACAGCACCAUUGUUACCAACACGUACGGGCAGGCACCAAUGUCAGACCAUAUGCAUUCAAUGGACAGCCCUUCUAUGUAUUCCAGUGAAGGCUUGUAUGGAUCCUCGAGCCUAGAUCAGAAUGUGUCGAGGAACUAUGUCAUGAUUGACGACAUAUGCGAGCUGACUAAAGAGGGUAUGGGCACUGCUCCAGACUCACAUCGCAGCGAGGGUCAUGGGCGCUACGGGACCGAUGGACUUCACACUCGAGGGGGGAGCUCAUGUAGCAGACCAGAGGAUGAACGUGAUGCAGAUCCAUACGACCAGCACCACGGCAGGGGUAAGAGCACCGGCAGCUACCAAGCACAAGGGACAAAUCCGCAUAGCCGGGUAGUGGGCAGCAGUAGCAUGGGUGGGGGAUCAUCAUAUUACUAUGAUGACUACAGACACUCAGCACCUACACGGGCAGCCUACAGGCACAAGAGUCUGUGGCCUCCAGCUGUCAUGCCUUCCAGGAGGAGCAAACAUCGUAAACAAAGCACUGAGCAGAAGAUAUCUAAGUUUUCGCCAAUUGAGGAGGCUCAUGAUGUAGAGGCUGAUCUAGCCUCCUACACCAUGAGCACCUCUGCGACCAGUGGUUAUGGCUCAGGUUCCCAUUACCAUAAGCUUGAGGAUGACAUCUAUGGGCUACGCAGUACAUACGAUCCACCAUGGGGCAACUAUAGCGACGAUCGACUUUAUGGUUAUGGCAGGUCCCGUUCAGCUGGUUAUGGCAUGGACAAAAUAUCGUCCUGCGAGAGGGGCUACAGCAGCAGAUCAUAUGAGGGAGGCUGUAGAGACCAGUCAUACCACGGCAACUACGGCCACAGCGCGCACCCCUCAUUGCACUCUCAGUAUUCAGAAAAAGAGGGCUCCCACCUCGUGACGAAGCUCAUGGGUGCUGGGAGGGCUUUCAACUAUCCAUCAAAUUCAUAUGGUUCAAGUCACUCUCUACCUGAUGUGCAGGACCAUUUUCGAGACUUGCCACGGACCUAUGUCUACGCACGAGAUGAUAUGUAUAUAAUUGACGAUAUGCAUUGCGCUGUUUCUGACAGCGAAGCGUACCAUCUUGGUCAAGAAGAGACGGACUGGUUUGAGAAGCCCCGUGAUAUUCGUGGUUCCCGUCAUUAUGGCAGCAAUGGUCAUUCCUCGAGGCGUGGCCAUGUCAAACACACAUACCACGACUACGACGAGCCCCCGGAAGAUCUUUGGCCACAAAGUGAUUAUGGCCAUAGCCGCCACGUUUCUCCUCGAGAGCACCGCCAACAUGGAAGUGGAAGUUCUGGUAGGCACUCCUCACGCCACUCAGAUGAGCCUCGUUCCUCUCGAUCGUCGCGCUCCUCAAAGGACCCAUCCAUGCGGCUUGACUCCCGCUCCUUGUCGUCUUCAGGGAGGAGGGGAGAGUCUCGUUCUCAGGGCUACCACUCCUCAGAUUACUCCUGUGAUCCCUCAGGCCAACACCAUAGCUCCCGUUCUGGCAAACAGUCCUCCCACCAUCAGGGGUCCUCCAGUAGAAAGCAACAUGACCACUUAUCAUCUUCCAGGCAGCCAGGAUCUCUUGGGCCUAUGCAGAAGGGUUCAGGUGGACCUUCAAGUAGGCAGCAAAGCAGCUCCCAGUCAGCCAUUGAUGGACAGCAGGGUCAGCGCUCACAGCUCCCACAGCAAGCGCAGACAUCGGCCGCCAGGCCAGGGCUGCAGACAUCUGUCACAGGUUCAGCACAACCACAGCUAGUACAAGCCCAGCAACUGCAAUCCAAACCUGCCCAGGCUGGCCCAAUGGCUCGGCAACCCACCUCAGCGGCACAGGCAACUCCCACUGCAACGAAGCCAGAGCCUGUCACUGCUAUUGGAGCAAAAGCAUCUCUGAUUCAGCCUGCCAAAACAACCCAGCCGCCUCUCACGGGAAUCGGCUCUAAAGCCGGCCCGCGGCCCGGUGGAAUCGGCAGUGCGGCUGCAGGUCAGCCGGGUGUGGAGGGAGAGAGCGUGCUGUCCAAAAUCUUGCCCGGAGGAGCUGCGGAGCAGGCUGGCAAACUAGGAGAAGCCAUCAGUGGAUUUGGCAAGAAGUUCAGCUCGCUGUGGUGAGGAAGAGUGAGGUGGAGGAUGUCUAAAAAAAACUGAAGACAUUGAAAGGCUUCGCACCGGAAAAACCUAUGAAGUUUCUCUUUCAUGUUUUCAUUUAAAGAGACGACGCUUCACGAAAGAGAGGGAGGGAAGCAAUCGGGUUCUUCUGAAGUGGAAUCACAGGACUCCAGCAGCUCAGGUCUGCAUCAUGUCAACACUACACAGUUCCUCCUGGACAGCAGACUAAGAAAGUAUUCAUACAGGUUUGGAAGGACAAGAGGACUGAAUUUCAACAGAACGGCCUGGCAGCCCUCUACGAGCACGGCAUCUCCAGAGCGCUGUCUUCUGCUGGUCUACAGAACACAUAAACAUGGUCUUACGACACAUAAAGGCUAAUGUCAACAAACUACACAGGUCCAAUUCUAGCCAAACUGAGCUUGGUGUAAAUCUCCAUUGACCUGUGCUCCAUCAGAAAGGUGCAGCGUGAGGCAGAGAACUGUGAUUCCAUGCUUCACCCCUCUCUCAGGAAUGAAAGAAUCUAUCGAAGCUUCAUAGGUUUUUCCUCCAGAGUUCUUCGAAAGAACUCCUUUUUGGUUUUCAAAAAGAAAAAAGAAAAAACAUGAACACACACACACGUCUCUAUGCUAAGUCCUUUAACUCAACAUUCCAGAAUAGAAAAAAAGUCCUAUUUGGUUUUGCCGUUUUGUUUUUUUCCUCUUGCUAUGUGCUAUAAACGUGUAACGUGGACUCGGAAUGCAUGUGAUCCAAGACCUUACACUGUUUAAUAUAUCAAUGAGAGGAGAGGAUUUACACCCAAAAUAUGAAGAAAAGGGAAUUUAAAAAGUGUGAGAUCAUCACAUAAGACACAGAAAAAACCCACAAGUCAGGUUUGACUCAUUACUUGUUUGUUCUAUUAAAGAAAAUAUUAAAGGAUCGUCCUCAGGCUGGAGAUGAGCAACUUGUUGGUAGUUUUUGCUGUGCAUUCUUUUCUUUUCUUUUCUUUUGACGUCCAAUCGUCGCCUUACGUUUUUAGAGGGUUCGACAUAUUUUUCUAUUUUUUCUUCACUGUUUGUACAUAGGGAAAAGACUAGCUGAAAGGUUUCUUUUUAUUUUCGUUCAAAGCCAUUGCUCUGGUACGUGUUUACGGUUUUAUUUUCUGGGUUAACAUGAUUUUUAUGGGUUUUAAAAUCAAUAGCAAUAGUGGCUGGUGGUCAGAGUUAAGAGCACAAUUGUUCGAUGUUUUUACAGUAGUGAUCAGCAGAGUGUAUCUGUCUGUAAAUCUGUAAUAUCUCUGUAAGGUUUAGGAGAACAAAAAAAAACCGUGAUGCCCAUUCUCUUGUAUUGCCAUUAGGUGUCAAAGCCAUGAUUUGUUUCAAACGAUUUUUUAAUAACUAAAACGAAAAACACGACGUUAGAGAGAGAAAUAAGAAAGCUGCUUAGUGGAAUGCGAGUGCAUGUUCUGAACCCCCCCCCCCACAUUGAUAUUGCUACAGUAUCUGUUGUGACAACACGUGUGAAUGAUUUUGGAUGUGCGUGUGUACGUAUGCAUUUAGAUUUGUAAUCAUUCCAAAGAAAUCUGAUCAACAAUCAGAAACAGAAAAAAAAAGAUUCAGCUGGAAGCGAUUUUUCAGACCUUCUAUGCAAUUAUUUUCUCGCUUGAGAAACAUAGUUGUCAGAGUAUUAAGACAAAAAUAAGUCCAAGAAUAACUAGACAGUAGUUUCAAAGAUUAUUAGGGGACCCGUGUGUUUGUAAACGAGAAACUAAUGUAAAUAAUCCAUCUAAAUAGACCUUUGGUUUUCCAUAUCGAUGGCAUGUUUUCCAUUCUGUGGUAUUUUCUCAACACCCUUCUGAAAUGGAGCCGUUGAAACAAAUGUAAACACGCCAUAGUGACGGGUACGAAGAGCAUCGUUUGCCGCUCUCGCCGACGGUUGUCGAUAGGGGGCGGUAGCGUGCGAUGGGCGGGCGUGAUCAUCUCGUCAAUGACGCCACGAAGUUACCACAUGGAGUAGAAAUCACAAAUCACCGUCGUAUCACGAACCGGGAGAACAUGCAAUUGGAAACACUUAAGCGAUUUCAAAUUCUAUUUAUUCAUAUCAAACGGUAGCGCUACGCAACUUUACCUAAACGAACAGAAUGGUAUUUUAUUAAAGAAAUAAAUAUAGUACAUAUGAUGUAUAUGGGAUAGUACAUAAGAGAGUAUAUAAUGAGAACAAUGUAGCAAAAUGUACAGCACCUAUGGGCCACACUGCCAACAAACUGACAGAUGAAGACGAGUCGCACUGUCUGCAAUACUAGAACAGUAUUCACUGUCACGAAAGAACGAGGAUCUGUGUCGUGCAUCUCGAUGCAUCUGUUUGUGUUCGAUCUACUCACCUCAGGAAAGCAUAGCGUUCAUGCACCAUGCACGCAGGGGGAGAUAUAUGCAUAGACAAAGGGCUGAUUCACAAUAAUAAGAAAGCCAUUCUUAACACCCUAUAGGUUUCCAUCCCUUUCGACUGUGACGGAUGUCAGGAAAGCAGAUCGCCUGCCAUUAUCUGUGUUUCACUCGUUUGUUCCAUCGGACCGGGCACUUCGAGCGCACGAAUGGCACAAGAAACAACAGAUUGUUGUCACUAUGUCAUACAUUUGUUUGCCUCGUGAUGAGCGCAUGGGCCUAGAGCGGUAGUACCCAACAAUCCUGUCAUCACCGUAACCAGAACAAACCAGAAUAAAAACAAGCUACUAUGACUAUUGUUUUGUGUAAAAUAGGUUCGACGUAAACACAAGGGAACAUCAAUACUGUACUCCAUCACACUGUGUAUGUGGUCGGCUUGUGGACUGUUUGGAAAUGUGUUUGGUCUACAUACUUCUGUUUGUUCAUGCAGAGAAAACGGCUUCCUCUUUAAGAAAAAAAAGAAAUAGAAAAAAGAACGUGGCUCCCAUAUGAUUUGUGGGCGGGGAUAUGAUAUGACAUUACGACACGCAUUUUGGAAAAGAAAAAAGAAAACUUGAAACACUUGGAAAUCAAUGUUACGUUCACUGCUGUGAAUGACGUCAUAUACCCAUUGUAAACUUCAUGUUUGUUUCGGUGUAAACCUGUAGUAGGCUUGAUGUAACAUGUCAUGUUAUGUGAUGAAAGAAAUAAUACGAUUUAAUCAGGAAAAAUAAAAAGAGGAUUUCAAAAAACGCCCCUCCUCUCAGUUCUGUGGCAGACGCAUGGAUGAUGAUGAUGAUGAAGAUGAGUGCCAAAACAAAGAUCAUUUCAGGCUUUAUGUCUUCAUUCUUCAGUAUGUGCUUAACGUCAUUCUUAUCCCACCGACUUUAUUAUACAUUAACGCAUCCUUUCACUUUGCUCCUUACUAAUAUACACAAG